UUAGUGGGAAAAAGCAGGAUCUCCGAAAGAAAACCGGUGACUUCCAGCAGCCUCGGCAGUGUGUUGAUUUAACAGAGUCGAUUAAACUGACCGUGUACGAGGUAUUAUAUCUAUAACAAUAUUAUUAAACGCGCAGUGACGGUCUUCAUCAUUUCUAUAGUAAAUUAUAAUAACACAAAAAGUGCAUGUAUGCCGGCUAACUAACUAUCAAUUUGACUCGGUGAAUUUGUGAAGUUUUUCUUUUUAUUUUUAAAAAUUGUUUGUUCCGUUAUACGCGUUCAGUCUAAAAACGAAUCGUAUUCGAUCAAAUGUCGAUCUAUUUUCGUACGAAUAACUGUUGUUAAACUAAAUUUGUGAACUCGUUUAUUGCUGCAGGUUAGGUUACCUGCGCCACUCGCGAUGGCAAACAAUCGAAAAUUGGUAAAAUUGUUAUUGGUGGUCAAUAUCGUGUACAUUUGUAUCGAUUUUACAUCGACGAGGUCACCGGGUCUUCAUCAAAAUAAAAAACUGUCAAACAAAGAAGAAGUCCAAUCGGUUGAAGCCGACGUAGCCCCCGAAGUAUCGGAUGCAGGAGAAAAUAACGAUGAUCCGAAUGAUGCACCGCCGGAAAACGGUAGAUUAAACAUGAAACGACGGCCCAACGGCUGUCCGUUUUGCGAUUCUAGUGUAUACAGUUACUGCUCCGACAAAUUAUUGCACGACGCCUGUUGUUGCUUGGAUCCGCACGAUACAGAUUUACCAAAUGAAUGUCAAUUUGCGGAUUGUAGUUUUCUUCAUUCAAAUACUUGCCGAGAACACCGACUGAUCACUGCUUGUUGUUGUAAUCAGUUCCUUGCGCAUAAAAAGUAAACUUAUUAUAAGUUAUAACUAUACAUUUUGCUGAACUAAAUCAAUCAAUAAACAAAUCAAUUUUUUAAGAGUAAAAUUUUUAAAUGUUUGAUAAAUGGUAAAAAUUAAAACUGCAUUGAUGUUAAGAACCAAUAAUCUUUAUAUUAUUUUAAAUCGUCGAUAUAUUGUACAUUUUAUAGAUCUUAUAGUUAAUAAUUGAUAUUAAUAUUAUCAUAACUUACUAUAUUUAUAAACUAUAAUAUUUAAAUGAGUUAAUUUGUAUAAAAGUACCUCGUUGUAUUUUUUUUAACUAUAGGUAGUUAGAAUUGAUGUUUUUCGUUAGUUUUAAUGUUAAAAUGUUAUUAUCAACUAUUAUGAAUAGUGAUACCCAAAUGAAAUCGCUAUAAUUUUACAUUAGUAAACAUAAAUUUUACACAAUUAUUUUCCGUUUUUACUGAAAAAGUUAAUUUUAAAAUUCCGGAUUUAAAAUUGUUAUGGUGUACUGUAUACAUAUUUUUUACAAAACACUCAUGAUUUAUACACAUGAAUGUCUUAAAUAAAUAUUUUAAAAUAUUUUUGGCCUUAACAUGUUUCUGCAGACAUCUUUGAUAAUAAAUUAUAAUGUUAUAUAUUAUAUAUAAAUAUAUUUAUAUAUUAGUUUAUUACUAUAUCAACAGUUUUAUACAACAAAUACUAUAUUAUUUUGGUAGUACUAUUUAAAAUAGUUUAUAUUAUAUCAUAAGUUAUGAACUUUAUGAUUAGCAUUACAGAUACUAACAAUUUUAGAAUUAUUUAUUAUGUAUUAUAUAAUUAACGAUCUAUAUUAACAUAAAAGAAAUAAUUAGAUGAAUAUUUAAAAUAACAAUAAUUGUUAAUUAUAUUUUGAUUGAAAAUAAAAUUUAAUUUUAUGUCUUAUUAAUUAUUUUAUGAUGGGGAAUAAUCGUGUAGUAAAUACUAUAUUAACACAAUAUUAAAAAUUAAAUAUUCAGUUAAAUUUUAAUUAUGACUAAAUAAUGUCAAAUUUUUCAGAGAUUUUUAGAAAUAAAAAUGUGAAACACCUAUAAUAUUUUUGUUGAAUACUUGUUACUUCAUUAUUAUUAUUCAUGCCUUAUUAUAUAUUUAUAUUAUUUUACGUAAUUAAAUUAACAAUAGUACCUACUCUACCUUUUAUAAUAUUUAAUAAGUACCUUUAUGUUUUAGCACAUUUUAAUUAUUAUUU